AUGCUGCGAGCCCACCAGAGCACACUAGGCAGGCUGGGGCUCAGCCCCUUCCGGGGCCUCCACCACAAAGCCGUGGUGGCCCUCCGACGUGAGGACGUGAAUGCCUGGGAGAGACGAGCACCGCUAGCCCCCAAACACAUCAAAGGCAUCACCAAUCUGGGCUACAAGGUCCUGAUACAGCCUUCAAAUCGACGGGCCAUUCACGACAAGGAAUAUGUCAAAGCUGGUGGUAUUCUUCAGGAGGAUAUUUCUGAAGCUUGUCUAAUUUUGGGAGUUAAGAGACCCCCAGAGGACAAAUUAAUGCCCAAGAAGACCUAUGCCUUCUUCUCCCACACAAUAAAAGCACAAGAGGCUAACAUGGGCUUGUUGGAUGAGAUUCUAAAACAGGAAAUCCGACUAAUUGAUUAUGAGAAAAUGGUGGAUCAUAGAGGAGUGCGGGUAGUGGCAUUUGGACAGUGGGCUGGCGUGGCAGGGAUGAUCAACAUUUUACAUGGGAUGGGUUUAAGGCUCCUUGCUCUGGGCCACCACACGCCUUUUAUGCACAUUGGCAUGGCUCACAACUAUCGCAACAGCAGCCAGGCCGUGCAAGCCGUCCGCGAUGCUGGCUACGAAAUUUCGUUGGGUUUGAUGCCGAAGUCAAUAGGGCCCUUGACGUUUGUGUUCACGGGGACUGGUAAUGUAUCUAAGGGAGCCCAGGAAGUAUUCAAUGAACUGCCUUGCGAAUAUGUGGAGCCUCAUGAAUUAAAGGAAGUUUCCCAAACUGGAGACCUCAGGAAGGUCUACGGAACGGUGUUAAGUCGCCAUCACCAUCUUGUCAGGAAAACAGACGGCGUAUAUGAUCCUGUAGAGUAUGAAAGACAUCCUGAGCGGUACAUAAGUCGAUUUAACACUGAUGUCGCUCCCUAUACAACAUGUUUAAUUAAUGGAAUUUACUGGGAACAAAACACCCCUCGCCUCCUCACCCGACAAGAUGCUCAGAGUCUCCUCGCUCCCAUCAAGUCCUCUGUUGCUGGAGUUGAAGGCUGUCCUGCACUGCCACACAAACUCGUGGCGAUAUGUGACAUUUCAGCCGACACAGGAGGAUCUAUAGAGUUUAUGACCGAGUGUACAACAAUAGAGCAUCCCUUUUGCAUGUACGAUGCGGACCAGCAUAUUAUUCAUGACAGUGUGGAAGGCUCUGGAAUUCUGAUGUGUUCAAUUGACAAUCUGCCGGCCCAGCUUCCAAUUGAGGCAACAGAAUACUUUGGAGACAUGCUCUACCCUUAUGUUGAAGAAAUGAUAUUAUCAGAUGCAACGCAGCCUCUAGAAAGUCAGAACUUUUCUCCUGUGGUGCGCGAUGCAGUAAUCACUUCCAAUGGUGCAUUGCCUGAUAAGUAUAAAUAUAUUCAGAAACUCCGAGAGAGCAGGGAACGUGCACAUUCACUUUCAACAAGAACCAAGAAGAAGGUGUUGGUUCUUGGAACAGGUUAUGUGUCAGAGCCGGUCCUGGAGUACCUGCUGAGAGAUGACAGCAUAGAAAUCACAGUAGGCUCUGACAUAAAGGGUCAGAUUGAUCGGUUAGAAAAGAAGUAUGCCGUUGAUCCCGUUUGCAUGGAUAUCAGUAAACAGCAGGAGAAGCUGGGCUCCUUGGUGGCAGCACAAGACCUUGUCAUCAGCUUGUUGCCCUAUGUCUUGCAUCCUCUUGUGGCCAAGGCGUGCAUUACAAGCAAAGUUAACAUGGUCACUGCCAGCUAUAUCACUCCAGCCCUGAAGGAGCUGGAAAAGAGCGUGGAAGAUGCUGGCAUCACAGUCAUUGGAGAAUUGGGAUUGGACCCCGGCCUCGAUCAUAUGCUGGCAAUGGAAACGAUAGAUAAGGCCAAAGAAGUCGGAGCCACGAUUGAAUCUUAUGUUUCCUACUGUGGUGGACUGCCAGCCCCUGAGCAUUCAAACAAUCCUCUGAGAUACAAGUUCAGCUGGAGUCCAGUGGGUGUUCUGAUGAACAUCAUGCAGCCCGCCACCUAUCUGCUCAACGGAAAGGUUGUGAACGUCGAAGGUGGCAUCUCCUUCCUUGAUGCUGUCACGUCCAUGGAUUACUUCCCGGGACUCAAUCUGGAAGGCUACCCCAACAGAGACAGCACCAAGUACGCCGACAUCUAUGGCAUUUCGUCCGCACACACUUUGCUGCGGGGGACACUGAGAUACAAGGGAUAUGCCAAAGCUUUGAAUGGCUUAGUAAAACUGGGUCUCAUAAACAGAGAUGCGUUUCCUGCCCUUCGACCCGAGGCCAGCCCCCUCACGUGGAAAGAACUCCUCUGUGACCUUGUUGGUAUUUCACCCUCCUCCAAGAGUGAUGUGCUCAAGGAAGCUGUUUUUAAAAAAUUAGGAGGAGACCAUGACCAGCUAGAGGCUGCAGAGGGGCUGGGCUUACUGGGAGCCGAACAAGUCCCUCGGGCAGACUCCAUUGUAGACGCACUCUCCAAGCACUUGGCCACAAAGCUCUCCUACGGUCCUGGAGAAAGAGACAUGAUUGUGAUGAGAGACAGCUUUGGAAUCAGACAUCCUUCAGGACAUCUAGAAAACAAGACUGUGGAUCUGGUGGUUUAUGGGGACAUCAAUGGCUUUUCGGCCAUGGCAAAAACUGUGGGGCUACCCACAGCCAUGGCGGCCAAGAUGCUGCUUGAUGGUGAUAUUCAAGCCAAAGGCCUGAUAGGCCCCUUUUCCAAGGCGAUCUAUGAACCAAUCCUGGAGCGCAUUAAAGCAGAAGGCAUAAUAUAUACCACGCAGAGCGUGAUCAGACCGUGA